CCCGCGCGGUCCGGCCAGCCAUGGCGUCGCCCUUUCUGGCAGCCUCUUCUUCCUCUUCCGCUUCGUCGCCCCUCUCUUACCUGAUCCCUAGGCCGCCUUCUUCCUCCCUCGUGCCGCAAGCGCAAGGCGGCUUCUCGUGCGGUGCUGCUCUGGCCGGACCAUACGGCGGCAACGGCUUCGGCGGCGCGGACGUCGAGGCGGCGGGGGUGAGGCAGGGCGGCAGGCACGCGGGCCACCCGCCGCUGCCGCGCCCGCCGCCCAGGCAGUGCCCGCGGUGCAGGUCCGCCAACACCAAGUUCUGCUACUACAACAACUACAGCCGCAAGCAGCCGCGCUACUUCUGCCGGGCGUGCCGCCGACACUGGACCGAGGGCGGCACGCUCCGCGACGUGCCCGUCGGCGGCGGCCGCAAGAACAGGCGCAACGGCGGAGGCAACAACAAGGGGGGCGCGAAGGCGCCUUCCGCCACCGCCACCGGUACGGCGUCCUCCGCUGCGGCGGCGGCGGCAGCUGGGUUCGUCCCGGCCGACGUCCUAAGGCAGAUGCUGUUCCAGCCUGCCAGCUUCACGGCCGUCGGCGGGGGCAGCAGCGGCUACAGCAUCGACCUGGGCGCGUGGCAGCAAAUGGCGGCUGCUACGGCAGCACCGCACGGCGACCAAGAUGUUGGCACGGUCGGAGGAACGGCGCCGGCGGCAGAUGCCAACUGCGGCGCCGGAGUGCAGUUCUGGAGCGGGUGGCAGGCGCAAGAUGACAUGUCCGGUUUCGAUGCGCCUUUCUAAGUAUGUGAGCUUCAGAGUUCAGGCACGGCAGGUUCCGCCGUCCCUCCGGCUGCCCGGCCUUGCCAGUGGCGCAACGUCGAUGAUCCACGCGAAGAAAUGACAGUCUAAGUUAUUGGGUCUGCCACUAGUAACAUUAUCAGUAUUUAUAUGUGCGUGAUUAUAUGCGCAUAUCUGAACACAUGAAGUACUACGUAGUACGUACUAUAUGAAGAGUUUGCCCUUUGACCGUGCAAGGUUUGUGAGGUUAUUUU